UUUAGAGUUCUCCAUCGGUCAUGUCUGGUUCAGAAACGAAUCAAGAUUCAGAAAAUGCGUCGCGACUAGUACUUCGAACCUAUCGAGCCACGGACCAUGACUACGUUCUGCAUGUGUUUUACUCGGCCGCAUUUGGGUUGGUGCCUGAAGGCAUUAAGCGCAAACUCAUGUCCCCCGUUUUCUGGACCAUCUGGUUGACCUCAUGUUACUGUCUGGUCACCGUUGUGCCUGCGGUGAUAUCGGGUGCUCAUUGGCCACGGUGGAUUCUGUGGUUAAUGAGGAUUGCAUUGGUUCUGGGGUGGAUUUUGGCAGCCUUUGUGGUCUUGUUUAUUUUCACCGAUCGUUGGGAGGUGGUGGGUCACAUUGAAGAAGCACAACAAAACGAUCUCAGUGAUCCGGAAGUAUACUAUUUGAAUUGGGUCAAAAAGGAAGUCAUCGUAGACGAUUCCCCACCUGUUAAACCGUCCUCAUCGUCCAACAAGAAACGGGUCACCUUUGACAAGAGCGCAAAGCCUGCCACGGAAAUGGUACGAACACUGCGGCCCGCCAAAGAACAAACCUUGUCUCAUUUUUGGGUGUUGGCCAUGGAUAACGUUCCCAUUGGGAUGGUGGGUUUGGCGAAUUACCGUGAGAGGGUGUACGAUAAUCGCAUAUCGAUACCCUCUUUGUGGGACGCCUUGAGGGAAACGGUGAGUCGAUGGAUCCCAUGGUUAUCCUCGUCUAUCGUGGCCGAUCGCGUGGUGGUCGACGAGGACGAUGUGCAGGACGACAAGCGUGUCUUUGCGGAACCGCAUGCUCCGAAAUCCGCUACUUUACAGCGACUGGCCGUGAAACCGGAUUACCAAGGUUGCGGCUUGUCUACGUUACUGAUCAACAACGUCAUGCUCUGGGCUCACAAGCAAGGAUUAGAAUCUAUUUAUGCAACGACCAACGAAAUGCAACAAAGUGCGCAAACCAUUCUUCACACUCGCCACGGGUUCCAAAAAAUCAAGAAAACACGAAAGGGAUGGCUUGGUCAAUAUGAGAUUGUCUGGAAAUGUACCGUAGACCAGUGGAUGAAAGAUCACGAAGACUUGGCCAAACAAUUGCUUUAAGAUAACUCUCACCCUUACUUGUCGCUGGAAUGAUCGAACUCUUAUUUCACGUUUUGCUCACUACUCCCUCCCUUUCCCAACGUUGUGGCUUGCUUAUUUUUUUGUCAUCUAUUCUUUUUCUUUUUGUUCUCAUGUAAAUAAAACUGAACCGCUCAUAGAUAACUAA